AUGGCACUUCUUUCUGUCUUAUAUCGACGACCUAAGAAGGUCGACCCUGAAACCUAUCGUCAGCGCCGAGAAGCUUUGGAAGAAGCUGCUGAGGCAUCCGUUAAGUCGGGAGUUUCUGGCGUAUCGGCUGGCAUUCCAGAUGCUUUGAGUUUUGAUAGAAUCAUCAAUGGCGGCACCUGUCCUCCCAUGGCUAUCCGCGAUUUCAUGAAUUACCUCGUCUAUGUUGAGCACGGAGCCGAAAACCUCCAGUUCUAUCUUUGGUUCAAGAACUACGAGAAACGCUUCGCCGAGGCCAAGACCAGCGACAUUGCCCUGGCUCCUGAGUGGACUCAGGCCAUGGAGGACGAAGUUGUUGCCAAAGCUCGAAAGGAACAUUUCGAAAAAAUGAAGCGAGAGCCUGCAACCGCAGCCGCCAUCUUCAAUGGGACCGAUUUUGAGAAGCAUUCCGACAAGAAGGCCAACCCAUUCAACACUCCCCCUAGAUCUCCAAACGGUGUCCCGGAUCAGGACGGGCUGACGACAUGGGAGUCUAUGACGUGUGGUGGCACCUCCAACGCCAGUUCGCGUACACAAGCUGCAGAAGCUUUCCUUUCGGCUGGUGCUAAACUUCCAUUCAGCAUUCAGCCCUUCCAUCAGGAGGUCAAUCGCAUAAUAACAAGCUACAUCAUGGACGGCGCUCCACGGCAACUUAACUUGGCUGCAUGGGAGCAGAAAGCAACCGUUCAAGCGCUCUCUUAUACGUCGCAUCCGUCAGCCUUUCGAAUUCUCUUCAAAAGUGUUGACUCGGCACUUCGACUCCAGUCACACCCCAACUUUAUUCGGUGGUCCAUCUGCAACGGCAAUCUCCCUCGUGUCUGGUUCGCUCGCUUCCUUGGUGUCGCUCUCAUCCUAAUAGGAUUUGCCGUUGCCAUCGUUCUCACUCUGAGCAAGGCAGGACGCGGCUACCGAGUCCUUCCGCUCAUUGCCUGGGCUUUGGGAAUGAGCACAUUGGUAGCCGCCUACAAGGGCAUGUGUGUUGUUUUGCACGGUUUGCACCACCGCCAUGUCCGCCCGUGGGAGCUUUUCACCCAGGAUGACGGAGAGGAAUUCGGCAUGUGCACUAUGGAAUCAUUUGGCUCCAACAAUAGCUAUGAGGAUGAGCCAUGGGUAGUCAAGUAUCAAGAACGGAACAUUGUCCGUAAAAUCUUUGACCGCGAGAUAUGGAUCCAGGAACCUGCUCUGAGGCAAAUCCAAGAUACCAUCUUCCUCCAAGCACUGCUUGCCGGCUUGUUUUUCGGUCUCAUUUUCAUGGCAGUUUUUCUUGCCGUGCCAGGAGGCCACUUCUUUUAG